AUGGCCGCACUCAAGCGCAGCUACCAUUGUUUCGACGCCAUUGUGGAUGACCCCUCCCGCAAGCCCUCCCGGCAACCCGUCCCUCCCCAAAGCACCCGCCAGGAGACGCUGGAGGAUGGUAAUGCCGGUGGUGGUGGAUGCAACACCUGCCAGUCUGGGGCACAGGCUGAGGCGGGAGGAGGUGGCCAGGCCUCUAGCUCGCAGCAGGCUGAAAUGCAGCAGCAGCCGCCUGCCCCCAGGAGGCCCACCAGGCCUGAAGAGGGUGCCGGCGAGGGCCCCAGGGAGCACCACUUCCAGAGGCACUCCAAGAGGAUUAUGCUGGUGAAGAACAGCGACCCGUCCGUGCGGAAGACCAUCGUGCUGCACCGCAGGGCUGUGCGCAGCCUCGGGGUCUUCCUGGACGAGGUCGCGGAGCUCAUGCAGUGUCACGUCCGAAAGCUGUGCACCAUGGAGGGCCACAAGAUUGACAGCGUUCAGAGUCUCUUGCUUUGCCCAAGUGUGCUAGUCGUUGUGGGACGGGAGCCCUUUCAUUCCCUACUUCUAGACAGCAUUCAGAAAAACUCAGACGACAAGCUGCCUCCAGUGAACACAAAAUCACGUGUAAACCUGUGCACUCAAGGGCUGGAUGACAGGAAGAAUUUCAACUUUGGGCUUGAGACAAAGAAAAGCAUCAUUCACCCAAGACCUGAGUCCAGCAACAGGGCAUCAAGGCUCUCUCUGUCAUCUGAGAGGUCAUCCUCAAAUGGACUCCACAAUGCGGGACAUCCAGGUCCCUGCCCGCACACAAGGGAGAGCAUGAUGGAUGAUGACAUCGAGAAACGGGUUCUUGUCAACAAAGACGGUAGCCUUUCCAUGGAAAUGAAAGUGCGUUUUCGGCUGCUCAACGAUGAGACGUUGCACUGGUCCACAGAGAUAAAGAAGACAGCUGGACCUAACACCAACCCAUACUACAUGGGAUAUCAUGAGCCCUGUUACCUUCACCAUGAAAGCGCAGAGAGCUGCUCUGAAGAAUCCAUGUCAGUUGGAGAUGCUGAGGAGGCGUACACUAAAUUUUACCAACAACACUUGGAAGAGCCUCAUUGCCCUCACUGUUGUAGUCAAUGUCAAGAGUAUGACAUCUGGAAAAAUCCCACUGUUGACCAAGAGACUGGCAGACGCAUUAGGUCGUCGAGCUCAAGCACAUCCGCGUGUGUAAUAGUAUGCAAAAAGGAAUCUGUGGAGAGCAUACGCACUAUGUCUCGGUCGAGUGAGGAGUUUACAGAGCACAUAGUUGAAAAGGCAACCUGUGUUAAACAGACAGUUGAAGAGAAAUAUGUCACUUGCACUUGUCAGGCCAGUGAAGUUUCAGAAAAUACAGAAGAGAAGCAUGACAGUCCAGAAAACACUCAAGCAUCUGACAACGAUGUAGACAAAAGUGACGAGUCGUGCAAAAGUGGAUCUACCAGCCCUUCAAAAGACUCACAGAAAGAUGCAGUGAGUGUUCACAUCACUCAAGUCUCAGAUGAGGAGGAUCGAUCAACGUCUGCAGUCAGCAAUUCCUCCCAGGUCCUUGCGUCCCUGAAGGAAGACCAAGACGAUGAGGAAGAUGACCUACCGCCAAGUGUGUCAAGAGCAUCCUCAUGCAGUCAGAGCAAUGACUCCGACGAAGACUUGACUGUGGCAAGUGCUGCACCAAGCUCUUGUUCCAACAUGAUCUAUCUAAAAGGUCAAAGGUUUCAGCUGAACCUGAAGGUGGAGAAACUGAAGAACCAUUAG